AUGAUGCGACAGCGACAGUGCAUCAUCCUCAGCGCCAUCGUAUUCUUGUCCUUCUGCAUCUACUCCAUCCUCCGGCUGCCACACGAUGGCACCAGGCGGGUGACGGACCCGGGGCUGGCGCAGAAAGCACCGCUUGCCGACGCGCAGGGGCCACGGCCAGAGAGAUGGGACGAAGCACCGAGACCAAAGGGCGGCCCCAAGCCCAAGCAGGCUCCGGAUACCACCUCGCAUCCGAUAUGGCACCUCGUCAGCGAAGCGCAGCGCGAGCUGGAGCAGGUCGAGACGCGGCAGUCCAAGGAGCUCGACGACGCCGUCACCGAGUAUCGCAGGCGAUACGGCAUGCCUCCGCCGCCCCAUUUCGACAAGUGGUUCGAGUUUGCGCGGCGAAACAAGGUGCAGCUCAUCGAUGAGUUCGACACCAUCCACGACCUCCUGACGCCCUUUUGGGGGCUGAAGCCGAGCACGAUUCGCUCGAGGGUCAGAGAGGCCCUGGGCGGCGACAACAUGCUACUGGGCCUCGCCAUCCGCGACCACAAGGUGUUGCAUGCGCAGGGGGGCCCUGAAUGGCAGCGCAGUGCCACAGAAGGCAUGAUGGCCAAGUUCCUCGAGUACUUGCCCGACAUGGACCUGGCCUUCAACAUCCACGACGAGCCGAGGGUCAUGGUCCCCCACGACGACCUGACGAGGCUUGUGCACAAGGCCAGGAGCGAGAAGAUGCCGGCCUCCAAUGCCAACCAAAGCCCUACCAACGACUUUACGCCACGAGCGCCCGAUCUAAACGAUGGCAAAUCCUUCGUCGAGACCAAGCUGACGCGGUUCAAUACCUUUUCUCACCAGCCGACCUGGACCCAUUCGCGCAUGUCCUGCCCGCCCGACAGCCCGGCCAGGAUACUCGAGGAAGACGAGCGAACCGACGACCUGAGCAAGUACGGCCUCGGCCAACUCGGCUUCGUAUACAACACGACGGCCAUGUCGGACAUUUGCCUCUCCCCGUCCCUCAGCGCGUCGUUUGGCUUCUUCGACCGCCCCAACGCCUACAGCGUCGUCCACGACCUCGUCCCCAUCUUCUCGCAGUCCAAGGUCUCGUCCUACAACGACAUCAUCUACCCCUCGCCCUGGUACUGGCACAUGAAGGUGGCCUACGACGAGGACAAGGACAGGCCCUGGGCGGACAAGCACGAAAAGCUUUACUGGCGGGGCUCCACCACGGGAGGCUUCAGCCGCAGCGGAGGCUGGAGGAGGCAGCACCGCCAGCACCUUGUCCAGAAGAUCAACGCCGGCGACCAGGCGCUCAUCAUGGAGAACGUCGGAGGCGCCGCGGACCCCCGGUGGGAAGCCAAGCAAGUCCCCCGCGGCGACUACCGCAAGUUCAUCGACGUCUACUUUUCGCACGUCGGCCAGUGCGACCCGGGCGACUGCGAUGCGCAGGCGCAGUUCUUCGACAUCAAGGACCACGCCAAGCAGCACGACGCGUGGGCGUACAAGUACCUCCUCGACGUCGACGGCAACGCCUUUUCCGGGCGCUUCUACGCUUUCUUGCAGAGCAGGAGCCUGACGUUCAAGCUCGCCGUCUUCCGCGAGUGGCACGGCGAGUGGCUCAAGCCCUGGGCGCACUACGUGCCGCUCAGCCUGCAGGGCGACGACUGGCUCGAGGCCGUCCGCUUCUUCAGCGACGGCAGCCUCUCCAAUGGCGAGGCCGAGAAGAUGGCCGUGGCCAGCCGCGACUGGGCCAACAAGGUGGUGCGCAAGGAGGACAUGGAGGCAUGGCUCUUUCGGCUACUGCUAGAAUAUGCGCGAGUGAUUGACGAUGAGCGAGAGAUUAUCGGCUUCGACCCGUCCAGCGCGGACAAGAAGCUCAAAUGA